CGAUGUGCUUGGUGCAAUCCGAGGUCAGAGCCGCAGACAAGGGGAUAGUAAUCUGCGACUAGUUUACACAGCCAUGGAACCAUGAGUGGAGUCAUAUUGCUCCAUGAUUACCUCGCCUCCUGUAGCUGGGAUGCGAGAUCUCGCUUGUACCAUUCGCUGCAUGGACUACGCCGCACUCCUGCACCGGAUAAGUGGUAUUGGCGCCUGUUGCUACCAACUACGACCACCAAGACGCAAUCACAGGACUCACUUCGUCCGCGCCGCCAACACUAACGACUUAAAGCACGAUCAAUACAAUGUGAUACCACAGACACGGCACGGUCAAAGCGCUUUGCAAGUAUGUGGCGGACGCGGUGUUCCUCACGAAUUUGCGGCACGUCUCAUCUUUUGUUCUCCUCUGCUCUGUUCUCGUGGAUACCUUUUUGUCCGUACAAUGGCUUUGACUAGUGUUUUUUGGUUGACUGUGGCCGGCACACUGGUGCAGGGCGAGCUCGUUACUGUCCAGGUUCGAGCCAGGCCGCCGCCCUCAUGGUGCUCCGAGUCGGGCAAUUCGUGCCCUUCGACAACGGCCGAGCAGACUUCGACACAGGUGCCGACAUUCGUCACGUUGCCGUCGGCCGUGUCCAUCACAGAAGCGCCGGAGCCAUCAAGCACGACAUCAUCCUUCUUCAACGCGUCGGCCUGGCCUACUGGAAACGUGGCGAAGCCAGUGCCGCCGCCUUGUGCAGGAAGAUGUCUUCGAGGGGGGGUCUUCUACGAUUGCAAAUUAGACGACGCGUCAAACGAUUUUUCUUGCGUAUGUUCGAAGCAGCGACGAUUUGUGGACGAGUUCUUCGAUUCGGUAGCGCCUUGUGUAGCGAAUUCAACAGGGUGCUCGGAAGGGGAGUGGGCUGCGUACAUGUACAUGAUGGAAAGCACAUGUGGCGCCCUCGGUAAUCCGAUUUCGACAUUGCCAUCGACGAUCUCAACAUGGAUGAAGUACACCUAUUCGCCCACUGAUUCGCAAACGGGAAGUAUACCGACCACACUGGCAACUACAACGUCGUCGGGCGCGUCGGGACCCGCGGGUUCCUCGAAUUCGGAGAACUCAACUGGCAGCGCGAAAGGAUCUGGAGGCAUGCCCACUGGCGCGGCUGCAGGUCUAGGUGCGGGUAUUGCCGUCGGCGCGCUUGCCAUCAUUGCCGGCGUAGCAUUCUUCAUCUGGCGGAAACGGCGCGGCAAAGCUCAAGAAAAGGAGACAGAGGAAGUCGAUGACGCGACGCCACCUCCUGAUGGUCCUGUUGGACCCGCUGACGAAAAGAAGGCGCUGGUGUACGAACACUCAGCACCAGUGGGGGCGUCAGAGCUUGAUGGCGGCGAUGAGAGGGCAGAAUUAUAUUCGCCACCAGCGCCAGCUGCUGCAGAUAUCGGAACAAGCACUUUUGUAUCGGAGCUUCCGGGUGAUUCGAACUACCUCCAGACAUUGCCGAAACCAGAUGCCGCGAGGAUGAGUACAGUGUCAGAGCUUGAUGCUGAUGUUUGGAAGAGGGACAAAUGAAGCCGAUAAGCGGACCUGUAAGGAUUGGAUCUUCAGCGAAAGCAGCCGCCUGGAAUCGACCUUUAGCUGGAGCCUCGCGGGAUCGUUAGAGGCGGCCAGUGACUUGACACGGGAAGAGGUAGUGGUUUUGUGUGAUACG